AUGGGACUCCUUCUUCAGCCUGACAGUGUCCCUCACCGCUGGUGUCCAACAGACCUCCAUAAGCAACAAGUCUAUAAAGAAGAGGAGGAACCAGAACCUCCACAGAUUAAAGAAGAACAGGAGGAACCAGAACCUCCACAGAUUAAAGAAGAACAGGAGGAACCAGAACCUCCACAGAUUAAAGAAGAACAGGAGGAACUCUGCAUCAGUCAGGAGGGAGAGCAGCUGGUUCUGAAGCAGCAGACUGGUACCUUCAUGGAGACUUGUGAGGAAAGUGACCUCAGAGAACCAGAACCAAGCAGUCACCAGCUCCUCACUGUCGUCUCUCCUGUAGCUGAGAGUCUGGAUCAAAAAGAAAGCAACCAAGUGUGCAGUCGUAGUUUGAAUGUUCACAUGAGAGCGCACACAGGGGAGAAACCAUAUACUUGUGGCACAUGUGGUAAAUGUUUUAGUCAAAAUGGUCAUGUGAUCAGCCACAUGAGAACCCACACACGCCUGCAGCCACAUUUAUGUGGAACUUGUGGUAAAUGUUUUUCACAUCGUCAUAGCUUGACUGUUCACAUGAGAACCCACACAGGGGAGAAGCCCUACGCUUGUGGAGCUUGUGGUAAAUGUUUUUCACAUCAACAUAGUUUGACACUUUACAUGAGAGCCCACACAGGAGAGAAGCCCUAUUCUUGUGGAACAUGUGGAAAAAGUUUUAAUCGUAAUCAUUAUUUGAUCGGUCACAUGAAGACCCACAAAGGCCUGAAGCCAUAUUUAUGUGGAAUAUGUGGUAAAUGUUUUUUACGUCGUCACGGUUUAAAUCUUCAUACAAGAACCCACACAGGACUGAAGCCAUAUUUGUGUGGAACAUGUGGUAAAUGCUUUUCACAUCAUCAUAGAUUGACUGUUCAUGUGAGGACCCACACAGUUGAGAACCUGCAGUAG